CUUCUGAUUCCCAUCCUUUUGCUUAUUCCUUGAUUGAAAUCUUCAUCCGCUUCUGCCAAUUGUCAGUUCGCUUGGCCCAACUCAACCAACCAUGGGGCCCGUUUUCCCCUGCGACAUCUUCCGGUUGAUUGUACACGAGACCGAUGAUUUUGCAACGAUGAGGGCCCUCUGCCUCACCUCAAAAGCUGUUUCGACCUUGACAACACCACGCAUGCUCCGCCUCGCGAUUGAUCACGAUAGUCGCAGAAUCCGAGACCCUGGGUUUCUUGUCUACGGCGGUCCUGGCCUCUUUGAGAACACGAAUACCGUCACAAGCCAAGAGCAAUCAGGGGCGGAGACACAGUCAGACAAAGAAUCAGGCCUCUGCAUAGCUGACCAUGUCAUCAGUAAUCAUCUAGGCCGUUGCGAACAAGAGAUCAGGGACGCCGCGGCCCCUGUGGUGUUGUGGGCAGCCCUGCAGCCGCCGCGUCUAGCAACAAAGCUCCUUUCCCGAGUUCGAUACCUUGAACCCAAGCACAUCUGGUCCUACUUCCUCGUCCCCAGCACCGCCUGCCGCCAUCACUGGCCCUGGCCUCCCAAUCUCGCCGUCGGGCAUGCCCUGGAGGCUCCGCUUCACGUCGCUGCCCGCAAUGGCAACACCCAAGUCGUCCGUUGGCUUCUCAAACGCCGGAACCUCGCCGCCUUGACGCAAUCGGUUCUAUGGCCACAUUUGGGCAAAGAACUCUCUGUUGGAGGCGGCAUGGACCCCAUCAAUCUUCCCGCCAUCCAACCUUGCGUUUGUCCCACACAACAUCUCAAGGUCCACUUCCAGAACAGGCCGGUGCAGGCCACAACCGAUCUACCGUGGGCGCCAGCCUUACACAUCGCCUUAGCCCACCGCCAACUCGAUACAGCAGCGCUUCUAGUCGAUUGGGGCGCCGACUGGGCCACUGGGCAACACGGCACGCACGGCAUUACCGCUCUAAUGGUUGCUAGCGCCAACGCUCUGCUGCCCUUCCUGGACCACCUGCUCGAUUCAGAUCAAGCUUUUCAAUACUCUUCUCACUUUCAUCCGGCCACAAUCGACUGGGAAGAUUCCUUCUCCAUCACUGUGAAGGAAUACACCAUGGCAGUGGGUAAUGUGCCAGAGAGACGGAUGCUGAGUAGACGUCUGGCUGCGCUAGAGGCUAGGUUCUCUAGAAACCCGAGUUGUCAGUAACUCGUAGUCUGACAACAUCCUGUGGCUGCUUCUUGCUGAAUUUGGACUCUACCUAAGUGCUGAAGGGAGGUCUGGCGUCACAAUGGGUCAUGUUACCUAUACACAGAUAGUCUCUAUCAAGCAUUUUUCUGCAACGGGAUUUGCUUUCGGAGUUUUUGAACUACUAAACGCGCUCCAAUGAGAGCAACCGCGAAGAUUAGCAACAUCAGUACACCAAUCGAAGCCUCUGUCGCAGUGUUAGGCAGUCCAAGGCAGACAGGUCAUGACAAGUGGAGUAACUCACCAAAAUAUCAUUUUUGCUUGUCGGAAGCGCUUUCUUCGU